GACACCAGGAAAACUUCAGAGUGAAGGAUGCGCAAGAAAAGGCCACAAACCUGACACCUGGGGCCAGAACUACACUUCCCACCACGCAGUGAGGCAGGAGGAAGAAGGGGCAGAGAGGUCUGAAAAGGAAAAGCAGGAAAAAAAGAAAGCAUUACCGGCUUGCUAGCAGAGGUGAGAGACAGCGAGACAGGUCUUUUCUAGGUGGCAAGAGCCAUGCAGUUCUCCAGCUCAGCCAGGGCAGAAGAUGAGAACUUUGACUAUUUGUUCAAGAUUAUCCUCAUUGGGGAUUCCAAUGUGGGGAAGACGUGUGUGGUGCAGCAUUUCAAGUCUGGGGUCUACACUGAGACACAGCAGAACACGAUUGGGGUAGACUUCACCGUGCGCUCCCUUGAGAUCGAUGGCAAGAAAGUGAAGAUGCAGGUAUGGGACACAGCUGGCCAGGAGCGCUUCCGCACCAUCACCCAAAGCUACUACCGCAGCGCCCACGCGGCCAUCAUCGCCUACGACCUCACCCAGCGGUCCACCUUCGAGUCCGUCCCUCACUGGAUUCACGAGAUAGAGAAAUACGGAGCAGCUAACUUAGUCGUUAUGCUGAUCGGAAACAAAUCUGACCUCUGGGAAAAGCGGCACGUCCUGUUUGAGGAUGCCUGCACGCUGGCUGAGAAAUACGGCCUCCUGGCUGUCGUGGAGACAUCUGCCAAGGAGUCCAAGAACAUAGACGAAGUCUUCAUGCUCAUGGCCAGGGAGCUGAUCGCCCGAAACAGCCUGCACCUGUUCGGGGAAAGUGCCCUGAGCAGCCUCCCCCUGGACUCCAGCCCUGUUCUGAUGGCCCAGCGGCCAAGUGAGAAGACCCACUGCACCUGCUGAACAUGUUCACGCGGCCAGUUGCGGCCACCAAAGAGGCCAUCUCUGAAACAAAAGGUAGCCAGACAACCUCGUGUCUCCCGAGCCGCGCUUCAGACCCACGUGUAGUCCCACUGCUUGUCCCUAAUCCUCCCUGCUUGGUUGGGCAGCACCUGCGUCUCGAUUCGCACCAGAAGUCAUAGCCGCUCACUCUGAAGAAAGGGGACUCCAUCGUUUUCCUUGGAGAAACCAGGCCUGCAGGCAUGGGCGUGGGAGGACGGGGU